AUGUCAGGCACCUGGAACAGCCAGAACAGCCAGGAGAGCACCUCAACCUCUUCCUCCUGCGACCUGAACGAGAACGACUCCAGUGCAAUUCUCGUCUACCGCUACCGCGACGGCCUAGAAGUGCAAUCGCAGCAAGAUUUGUGCAAGUACCUAACCAAACACCCUCACCACCGCGUCUCCCGUAAACGAAUUCCCCGCGGCAACUCCCGCAUCGAAGUCAAGACCGAAGACCUGUACAACGAGCCCGAGCGGUCGGCGUACCAGAAGUAUCCCAAUAGCAAAAACUCGCUUGCGAGUGUCGGCCUGCCGCGCGCGGUGUACUGGAAGAGGUUGCUGCUGAAUCAGUUUCAAGACCUCUAUAUUGUGUCGCCCGACAGCUCGCCAAAUAGCUCGUUGAACGGCUCGCCCGAGUCUUCGCAUCAUUGCUCGCCCAGUCAUACGUUCCAUCAUGAUCAGCAUGCGCAGAUGGAUGGCGAGCGUGUAGAGCAAGUUGGAGAGCAGCCUGCCGACCGCUGA